UUCGGGCUUUAGUUUCCGAGAGUCCGUUGACCACCGAUAAACGCAUCUAGAAAACCUUCUACUCCAACUAGCAAAAUAACAAUAAAUAUUUUAAGAUAACUUGUUUUGUGAAGAGCAAAAAAAUGACGCAUCACGGACAAAGCUUUGAUUCAAACUGCAUGACGUUGACUCGUUUUGUACUCCAGGAACAGCGGAAAAUCCCUCAAGCCACUGGGGAUCUAACUCAGCUUUUGAAUUCCAUUCAAACGGCAGUGAAAGCUGUUAGUUCGGCUGUUAGGAAGGCUGGUAUCGCUAACAUGUACGGAAUCUCCGGAAAUGUGAACAUCCAAGGUGAAGAAGUGAAGAAACUGGACGUGCUGAGCAACGAGCUUUUCAUCAACAUGUUAACUUCCUCUUACACAACUUGUCUCUUAGUAAGUGAGGAGAACGAGGCAGUCAUCGAAGUGGAAACCGAAAGACAGGGAAAGUAUAUCGUAACUUUUGAUCCACUCGAUGGCUCCUCCAACAUCGACUGCCUCGUGUCUGUGGGUUCAAUCUUCGGAAUUUAUAAAAAACCGGAGAAUACAUCUAUUCUACAAUUGAAAGAUGUUCUGCAGCGAGGAAGGAGCAUGGUAGCUGCCGGCUAUGCUCUUUACGGAUCUGCCACCAUGAUUGUCUUAUCGAUAGGGCAUGGGGUCAAUGGAUUCACAUACGACCCUGCAAUUGGCGAAUUCAUACUAACUGAGAAAAACAUGAGAAUUCCGAGCAGAGGCAAAAUUUACAGCAUCAACGAAGGUUAUGCAGCCAUUUGGGAACCAGCUGUCAAGGAAUACGUUCAAUCCAAGAAAUAUCCAACGUGUGGAAAACCCUACGGUUCGCGAUAUGUUGGCUCCAUGGUCGCCGAUGUCCACCGGACCAUCAAAUAUGGAGGAAUAUUUUUAUAUCCUGCUACAAAAGAUAACGUCAAUGGCAAACUGCGUCUUCUUUAUGAAUGCAUUCCAAUGGCUUAUAUAGUGAACGAAGCAGGCGGCAAGGCUUCAAAUGGCGAAAUCGACAUACUCGACAUUGUGCCCGAAAAGAUCCACCAGAGAUGCCCCAUAUUCCUAGGAUCGUCGGAUGACGUUGAUGAUGUUCUCGCCAUCAUUAAAAAACAUAGAAAAUGAUUGAACAAAUUAUGUUUUUGUUUAUACGUAGACUUAGCAUUAAAAAGGUCACAUCUCUCAAUCCGUGACAUGAUUAGUUAAUGUAUUCAUGUUGGGAGCCAGGGUGGUUGGAAAAACAUUGAGCUUUUGUAAUCAAGAAUUAUUUCUUAUGGGAAAUAAAAGUUCAGAAGUUUUAAGGA